AUGAAAGUGCUGUGGAUCUUUGCCUUCCUGGGAGCAGCAGUUGCUGCCCCUUUGAAUGAGGAUGAUGAUGACAAGAUUGUUGGAGGAUUUACCUGUCAGAGAAAUUCUGUCCCUUAUCAGGUUUCACUCAAUGUUGGUUACCAUUUCUGUGGUGGCCCUAUCCAUGACCAAUGGGUUCUUUCAGCCGCUCAUUGCUUCAAACGCCCACUCAGUGUGAAACUGGGAGCAUACAAUAUUAGGAACCCAGAAGGAGAUGAACAGAUUAUCAAGGCUGAAAAAAUAAUUGUCCAUCCAAACUACAACUCUUGGCUCUUGGAUCAUGACAUCAUGCUCAUCAAAUUGGAAAAAUCACCUGAAUUUUCCAGAAGUGUCGCACCCAUCCACCUCGGCUAUGGAUGUCCAGCUGUUGGUACCUACUGCCUUGUCUCAGGAUGGGGUAACACUCUCAGUGAUGGUGUAAACUACCCUGAUUACCUGCAGUGCCUGCAGGCUCCAAUCCUAAGUGAUGAGGAAUGCAAAGCUGCUUACCCAGGACAAAUUAGUGAAAACAUGGUCUGUGUUGGAUAUCUAGAGGGUGGCAAAGAUUCUUGUCAGGGGGAUUCUGGCGGUCCAGUGGCUUGUGAUGGGUUCCUCCAGGGCAUUGUCUCUUGGGGAAUAGGUUGUGCCCUGCCCGGCUAUCCUGGAGUUUACACCAAAGUCUGCAAAUACAUUGACUGGAUCCAUGAGACCAUUGCUGCUAACUGAAGCAGCCACUUUCCUCUUAUUCCAACCUUUUCAUGUGCUUCCUCUUAAUAGAAUAGGGAAUAAAUAGAGGCUGAUUUCCAAAA